UAGUCCUCUUUCCCCGGAGGCACAAGAACAUUCGUCCUCCGCCUCGCCACGCCGGCACCACCACCGCGCUCCUCCCCUCACCCUCCAUGGCGAUAGCCCCGCCACCCGCACACCCUCGUCAUCCCUAACCCUAGAUCCCACCCCCACUCUCACACCACAAUCACAAACACAAACCGCACUACGCCACUCCUCCCUUGUCCUCUCCAUCUCCUCCGUCCGUCUCCAUGGAGGCGGCCACCAGCACCGGCUGCAGCGCCCGCACGCUGGCGGCGUGCGUCAUCGGCGGCAUCGUGCUGGGCGCCUCCGUGCUCGCGCUCCACAUCGCGGGGCCCGUGUCCGUCCCGUCCCUGCCGCCACUCGACGCGGUCCGGCGCCGGCUCCGCCGCCGCCGCCGCCGCCCCGUGCGCGUCUACAUGGACGGCUGCUUCGACAUGAUGCACUACGGACACUGCAACGCGCUGCGCCAGGCGCGCGCCCUCGGGGACGAGCUCAUCGUCGGCGUCAUCAGCGACGAAGAGAUCAAGGCCAACAAAGGGCCGCCCGUUACGCCGCUCCACGAGAGAAUGAUAAUGGUCCGUGCUGUGAAAUGGGUGGAUGAUAUCAUUCCAGAUGCACCUUAUGCCAUAACCGAAGAAUUCAUGAACAAGCUAUUCAAUGAUUACAACAUAGAUUACAUUAUCCACGGUGAUGAUCCUUGUUUGCUACCAGAUGGUACUGAUGCAUAUGCCCUUGCCAAAAAGGCUGGCCGAUAUAAGCAGAUUAAAAGAACCGAGGGAGUGUCAACAACAGACAUUGUUGGACGGAUGCUUCUUUGUGUUAGAGAGAGAUCUUCUGAUGCCCACAAUCACUCUUCGCUGCAAAGGCAGUUCAGUAGUGGACAUGGUCAGAAAGUUGAUGAUGGUGGAUCUGGAAGUGGAACUAGAGUAUCUCAUUUCCUUCCCACAUCUAGGCGAAUAGUUCAGUUCUCAAAUAGCAGGGGUCCAGGUCCAGAUUCUCGGAUAGUUUACAUAGAUGGUGCAUUUGAUCUGUUCCAUGCUGGACAUGUUGAGAUAUUGCGUCUUGCUCGCGAACUUGGAGACUUUUUGCUUGUGGGCAUUCAUACAGAUCAGACCAUAAGUUCAACGCGAGGACGACAUCGCCCAAUCAUGAAUCUCCAUGAAAGAAGUUUGAGUGUUUUGGCUUGUCGUUAUGUUGAUGAGGUGAUCAUUGGUGCUCCAUGGGAUGUUUCAAAAGACAUGAUUACCACAUUCAAUAUUUCGUUGGUUGUUCAUGGUACAAUUGCUGAGAAUAUGGACUAUGCGAAGGAGGAUUCAAAUCCAUAUGCUGUUCCGAUGGCUAUGGGUAUUUACCAUAGGCUGGAGAGCCCUUUGGAUAUCACUACAAGUACUAUUAUAAGGAGGAUUGUUGCUAACCAUGAAGCUUACCAGAAGCGGAACGAGAAGAAGGAAGCCAGUGAGAAGAAGUACUACGAGGGUAAAAGCUUUGUCAAUGGGGAGUAAGUUGCAACUAGCCGUAGGAAGGUGGAUGAAGAUUGUUGCCUAGAUGAUUUGAGAUUCCAAGCCUCCUUCACAAAGGCAACAGAUCCAGAGUUUUACCCAUCAUGUUUGAUGUUUUGCUAACGUAGCCUAGGAAGCAUCAUGUGCAACAUUGGUGACGGAUUACCAGAGGCGAUUACUUGGGCUAGGCUAGAAGCAUUUGCAUCACUUGGCCAGUGUCUCCAGCCUAUUUUCCCCCUGCAUAUGCGCCGUUGAGUUGACACCAUUUUCGGCUGAGUGAGAUCUUCAGGUUUCAGAACUGUGUGGUGCAGUAUGAAUGUUAGCCUGAUAAACUGUGAGCUGCUGAUGCUCCUGUAUGCGCAUCCGAAUGCCCCUGUAAUGCGGCCGAGUUUUGUUGUUUUGUUGAAGUGAGUGAACAUGGACUGUCUUUUGUCGGCGAUA